AAAGAAAAGCGGAACUGCAAAAGGAAAAUACAUAUCCCUGUUAAGAUGCCAAAAGUCCACAAAAGCCAUCAAGAGAUAUAAAAAAAACACUAAUAUUCCUCCGCAGAUUAAAAGUUGAUUCUCUGUUAUCUUGUUCUUCUCUGUUUCCUUUUAAUUCUAGUGGGAAACAAAAUAACUCCAAUAAUGCAGUUCAUUUGAAAAUGCAGACAAUCAAGAAACUCUGCAUCCUACAUCCUUUCCUUCUGCUACUCAAUUUCUGGUUAGCAACUUCAAUUCCUCAAGAUGCUUCAACAAGCAUUUGUGACAAAUUCAAGAUUCAAACACCCUUUUCAAAUCCAAAUUCAACUGCAUUAUCCCGUUUAAAUCGAACAGUCAUCUGCAAAUCUCAGAAACUAUACCAUAGUAAUAGAACCUCUAACAGCCUCUUCCCAGUCUCCUACACUAACUACAAAUGUAAAAGUCUGAUCAUCUCCAACCCUUCUUCUUCUUCUUCUUCACUCCACCAUGUCUUCUCCUUAAACCCCUCCAACUCACUUUUACUCUUCAACUGCUCAAACAAAACACCCUCAUCAUCACCACUGUUUCAAAACUUCACCUGCUUAACUGCAUGUGGACUUGCAUCCUCUUCUUGCUUACUAGUUGAUGAUGUCACAAAGCUUGACAUGGGAUUUCAUCCAAGAGAUUUGAAUUGCUCAUGUUACAGCAGGGUGCAUAGAAGAUCUUUAGAUGGGAGCUAUGAAGCACAUAAGUUGAGAACAAGAGUUUCUUUUGACAUCCCUGACCACAUUCCCAAUAUCUGCGACGAGUGUCAAAAGCCUAAUGGCAAUUGUGCUGCUGGGUUGAAGUGCAUAUGCCACCCUAAAGAGUGCAAAAACAAAGUCAUAUCAAAGGCUGGAUCCAUCAAUGCUUUGGGUAACAUCCUGGUCUCUUUGCUUUCUCUUGUAGCACUAAUGGUUUUGGCAGACAAUCCCUGAUGCAAGGAAAUUAUUAAGACAUAAUAUAUUGGUCUUGUUUUUCUUUUAUUUGUAGAUGUUCAAAGGAUCUUAUUACUUUUAGAUUUUUCUUGUGACAGCAUUAUGUAUUAAAGAGAAACAUGAUAUCAAUUAUAAUUCAACAGAAAUUGAGAAUAAAAUGAAUCUUAAAGAAAAUUACAGCC